GCUGGUGCCUAGCGUGAGCCAGCUAGCUUCACACACGUCCAUAGUCGUGGUCGGUAGACCUCCUGUCUGGAGAGUGAAGUGUAGUGGCAGUGGGUGCACAUCUGCACAAGUCAAGACUAGAGUCGAGGCUGCGCACAGCUAGCAACAGCCGGGACAGGGUGCAACAAGGAAGUGGCGCUUUGCGCGAGACGUUCUGUCAUAGCACACAGAGUCGCGAUCAAAACAGUUCUCUAUUCCGGGAUGUCCACUACCAUCGACGCCAAGGUCGUAGUCAUCGGUUCGCAAGGUAGCGGUAAAACUUCCCUAGUGCUACGGCACCAGCACAAGAAUAGCGAGUUGCCGAAGUCCAUACCAUCCACGGUGGGAGCAUCGUUCCUGACAUCGCACCUGCGUGUCAGUGACCUGAACGUGCGACUCCAAGUAUGGGACACCGCGGGUCAAGAGCGCUUCCGCGCCAUGGCGCCCAUGUACUAUCGUCAUGCCAACGCAGCGCUGGUCGUCUACGACAUCACCAAGGAGAAAUCGUUCGCCGACGCCAAGCUCUGGCUGCAUGAGCUCAAGGAGAAUUCUACGAACGACGUGAUAUUGUGCGUCAUCGGCAACAAGCUCGAUCUGGAGUCGGAGCGCAAGAUUGCUACUCGGCAAGGCCAGGAGUUUGCCGACUCGUACGAGGCAAGGUUCUACGAAACGUCCGCAAUGGAUAGCAGAGGCGUUGAGCAGGUGUUCCAGACCGUUGCCGGUAUCAUACACGAUAAGUACGCAGAAGUAGCGCAACAGCGGAGCCAGAAAGCUGCGGCCGUGCUCGGCAAGAGCAAUGAAACUGCCUACGUCUUGAUGGAGGACGAAUCCGGACAGAAUGGCCCGGCAAGGCCAGGCCAAUCGGCGUCAGGAUGCUGCUUUUGACAUAGGCAUUGCAGCCGGAGGAGAAGGUGCCUGGUGGCUUGUGUCACGGAGACUAGGUUGACGAGGUUCUUUAAAACUCUGGAAUGCCAGUGCCGACAGCAAAGACUGUUGUUUGUUGCACUGUGAGGUAGCCAAUGAUGGUAGUAGACUGAGCUGAUGCAGGAGAGAGUUAUUGGUUGGUGAGGGCGUCGUUUUAUUUUCAGCUUAGCUGAUAGGUUGCAGUUGUCUUCCUUUGCGGCCUAUGAUCCGGCCCCUGCGCACCUGUGAUGCCCGGUGCAUCGGAGUUGAUUGUGCGGAGCCAGGCCCACCACCACCCAGCGUCGGCUCACGAAUGCAGUCUCUUGAGUGUUCUGUGUGUUCUGCCGCAGCAACCCACCAUCUACCUGGAAACAUCUCCACGGAGCGAUACUGGUGUGUUCAGCGAUUUGUACUGCGAAGCAUUGGAAGGUCUCCCAAACAGAUCCAGUUGGGUUGUCUGUAUUCACUAUUAAAUAAACAUGCAAGGGGAUGAUGCUCUUGAUAAGUUAUUGCCUCAAUUUAUCUACACUGUCACAGCACCAAUAUUUUCAACUUUAAUAAAAAUAAUACUGCCCUGGCAUAUUAUGGUUCAGCAGCUUCGUAUUGCUCACUCUUAGGCUAAAGAAGCUCGCGGUUGUCAGCUCUGCCUUUCAUCAUAUGUUGGCCCAUUUGAAAGUGAUUGCAGGAUAUUCUGUGUAUUCACAUGUCUCAUUCCGUUAACGUUGAUUUUGUACAGAAUUCUUUGAAAAAAAAAUCAUCAUCAAACAUUUUUGCUGUGGU